AUGGACACGAUGGGCGAAGAUGCUUCUGAGCUCCUCUUCGCACCACUAUUUGAUUGCAUUCAAGCUGACUUUGCGAGUGAUGACAGGCCAAACAACGCGACUCCACAGGGUCCUCCACAUGCGUCACCCUCACAGGGUCCGGGACCAGUACUCCCACCACCAUCUGGUGGCGGGUAUUACUCGUCAAACGCCGCGACGGCCCACAACCAGAAUCUCCCCACACUUCCAGGGCUGACGGCGCAACCUCAGCACUCAUCACCUCACAUGUCCGCCCAACGACCGCCAUCUUCAGACGCGGGAGCGCAGGCUCAACAAGGCCCCCAAGCCCCUCCAUACUCGUUACCGGGCAUAUCGCAAACUCUCCAGCAGCAGCAACAACACUUGCCGACUUCGGAGCAGGCCAGCGCUGACAGAGAGCGCGAGAUGCGCGAACGCGAGACCAGAGACAGAGAGAUGGAUUCGCACGCACUGCACCAGCAAGAAGAGAUUGUCAAGCGCGAGACGGAACAGCGGGAUCGAGAGAUCCAUGAGCGACAGCAGCGCGAGCACGCUGCGCAUCAAAACCACUCAGCGCCAAUCCAAAUACACCAGCCUGUGGCAGUGGCACCUUCGACGCGAACGAUACACGGUCCGAACGGUCUGUUGGGUCAAUCGGGACCAAUGAAUGGACCCCUCGCGCCACCCAUGGGUGGUCCCAAUCCGAGUGGCCCUAUGUAUGGGAAUGCGCCCGCGCAACAUGAGCAGACUACACCACGCAUGCAGCACGCGGUGCAGGCACCUAUCCAGGCUCAGAUGUUGAUGCCUUUCGCCGGCCCUCCUGGAUCUAUGGCCAUGGGCCAGGGACAGCAGCCGAUCCUCAACGAUGCCUUGAGCUAUCUGGACCAGGUCAAGGUUCAGUUCGCGGACCACCCCGAUGUAUACAACCGAUUCCUUGAUAUCAUGAAAGACUUCAAGAGUGGUGCGAUCGACACUCCGGGGGUCAUUGAGAGGGUAUCAACUCUUUUCGCGGGCAAUCCGGCCUUGAUCCAAGGCUUCAACACGUUUCUGCCACCCGGCUACAAGAUUGAGUGUGGCACUAACGGCGACCCAAAUGCCAUUAGAGUGACGACGCCAAUGGGUACCAUGGUAUCGACUAUGCCUGCUCCAAGGCCGCUUUCGCCGCCACGCAGCAGCGCCGUCAACGGUAGCAACGGUCCCCAACACGAAGGUACUUACUACGAGACUGCUCAGGGACGCCCUUGGCCCCAGCAACAGAGAGCUCAGGGACCUGAAGGACAGGAAUCGAUGUUUUCACCAAACAACCGCACUCUCGGACAGCCUCUGUAUGGGCCACAACAGGGGCAGCAGGGCCCAGCACCGCAUUCGCCAGAGGUUACCUCACGUCCUCAUCCUGACCCUGCUGGAUCAGCCGCUGCGCUGGCCCACCAGCAAGAGCAGAGAGGAGUUUCUCAAUUACAGAACGCAGUAUCAGCUGCGACUGGUCGCUCAAUGAUGUCACCGAGUGUUGAUCCAAGUACCUCAUUGCAAGGACAAGCCAUGAAUGGUGCUGCUCAGCUCCCACAGAUGGGUGGGGCGGCAGCUGAGAAGAGAGGGCCUGUUGAGUUCAACCAUGCAAUCAGCUAUGUGAACAAAAUCAAGAAUCGAUUCGCAGCUCACCCUGACAUCUACAAAAACUUUUUGGAGAUACUACAGACCUACCAGCGAGAAUCGAAACCCAUCCAGGACGUGUACGCCCAAGUGACCCACCUGUUCGGCGGCGCGCCCGAUCUGCUUGAGGACUUCAAGCAAUUCCUUCCGGAAUCGGCUGCUCAGCACAGGGCGCAACAGCAGGCUGCUAAGAAUGCUGCCGAAGACGCAGUCAUGCUCAGCAAUGUACGAGGCGAAUCAGGUUAUGGCGCGGCCGCGAACCAACAAACUCCUGGUCGUGCGGAUACAUCUCGCCUGCCACCGAUGGGUAACUUUGCGCCUACACCUACCGCGAACCGCGACAACAAGAGGAAGCGCGACCGACAGGGACCUGUGGCUGCGCCCAUGCCCCCAUCCAUGCCACAGGAACUACCGACCUCGAACGUUCGCGGCGGUUACAACAACCAGGGAAGCGUCAACAAGCGCGCGAAAACCGGACAUGGCGCAAAGCAGGCAAUUCCCGAUGGUCCACCAGUGUCACCUACUCUGACACCUGCGCUGCCUGAGCCGAUGCCACCGACGACUACUACGUCACCCAACCAAGAUGAGCUUGCAUUCUUUGAUCGCGUCAAGAAAUUUAUCGGAAACAAGAACACGAUGAAUGAGUUCUUGAAGCUUUGCAAUCUUUACUCGCAAGAUCUGAUCGACAAGCAAUUGUUGAUUUACCGCGCGGCAUCAUUCAUCGGAGGAAACCAGGAAUUGUAUGCCUGGUUCAAGAAGUUCAUGGGCGAAGAUGAAGAGCAACAGAAGACCCGUCCAAAGACUGUAAACUCUCGUGUCUCGCUAUCGAACUGUCGCAGCCUCGGUCCCAGCUAUCGUCUGCUCCCUAGGCGCGAGCGCGAGCGUGUAUGUAGCGGGCGCGACGAACUGUGCCGAUCGGUCCUAAACGACGAGUGGGCGUCCCAUCCGACAUGGGCUUCCGAAGAUUCUGGUUUCGUCGCCCAUCGCAAGAACACGUUUGAAGAGGGCUUGCACCGAAUCGAAGAGGAGCGCCAUGACUACGACUUCAAUAUCGAGGCAUGCAGCCGCACGAUUCAACAGCUUGAACCAAUCGCCAAUCAGCUUCUUACGAUGAAGCCGGAGGAUAGGAAUGGAUUCACGCUACCGCCUGGACUUGGUGGACAGAGCGAAACAAUCUACAAGCGGGUUAUCAUGAAGAUCUACGGCCGCGACAGAGGAAAGGACGUGAUUAAGGAGCUCUUCGCUAUGCCCUGGAGCGUUGUUCCUGUACUUCUUCACAGGCUGAAGACUAAGCUUGAGGAUUGGAAGGCCGCUCAGCGCGAGUGGGAGAAGGUCUGGCGCGAUCAGACGCAGAAGAUUUUCUGGAAAUCCCUGGACCAUCAGAGCAUUACAGUCAAGCAGGCCGACAAGCGACAGUUCCAGCCCAAGUCACUCACAAACGAGAUCCAAGUCCGGUACGAAGAACAGAAGCGACUUCAGCAGAUUCAAGAGAUAUCACAGCCGGACUACCAAUUUGCCUUCUCUUUCAGAGACGAAGAGGUACUCUUCGACGUAGCUCGAUUGAUGCUCACUUUCGCCGACAACAACAACAGUGCCGACUUUGCAAAGGUUGUGCCGUUUAUCAAAGAGUUCGUUCCUCUAUUCUUUGGCAUAGAUACCGCCAAAUUCGAGCAACGGGUACAGACGUCAGGACGCGAUACACCAAACGAUUCUGGCGAGGACACACCUUCUCCCGACGACGAUCUCUCUCAGCGCUCGCAGAAAGGAAAGAAAGGCGACCUCCGCCGCACCAUUCUCGACCCUAACAACAAGCCACGCAAGGACAAGGAAGACAGCGUUGCGUCGGCGAGUCGGGACAGUACUCCAGACACAUCCGGCAUGGACGAUGAGGCUGCUGGCGACAGCUCGAACUCCAACCCUCGUGCAGAUCAACCAAAACGUGAAUGGAUAGAAUAUGUUACUACCCCCACGGCUUUUGGCGAUAAGGAGUUCGAACACGAAGAACCCUACCAACGCGUAGAGUUCAACAUGUACUCGAAUGCUUCCAUUUACUGCUUCUUCCGCAUGUUCGUCAUGCUCUACGAAAGGCUGUUGAAGCUCAAAGAGAGUGAAGAGGAGGUCCGAAAAGUCAUCAAUCGGGCCAAAGAGCCCAAAGCAGCGCAGAAGUUGAAGAUGCUUGACAAGCAGCCUGAAGACUUCUUCAAGGACACAUCAUCAUCAGCGAACUACUAUCAACAGCUGCUCGACAUGUUCACAGAACAGAUAUCUGGCGAAGUGGACAUGAACUUCAUCGAGGAGACCCUACGCAGGUAUUAUCUUCAGAUUGGAUGGCAGCUAUACUCGUUCGACAGGCUGCUCAGCUCGCUUGUCCGGUUCGCGCUCGCUGUAGUGAGUCACGAUAACAAGGAUAAGAGCCUUGAUAUCUACAACCUCUUCAGGAAGGAUCGCGUCAACGAUACUACAACUCACAAGAACGAGAUUAGCUAUAGAAAGGCUGUCGAGAAGUUUGCCAAGGAUGCUGACACCUACCGUAUCACAUAUAACCCCACCAAGAUGGAAGCACACGUACGCCUCUUCAAGAAGGAUGACCCAACCUUUGAGUUCAACACGCUUGACCGAGUGAAGCGCUGGCGAGCAUACGUCGCCUCCUACAUGGCUGUGGAACCCACUGAGGAAGUCGACCUGUCUCGCGUACACUACCCUUACCUUAAGAAGCGCCUGGCCAGAACCGAGGACCUCUCAGAGGAAGAACGAUUUGAUCACGUCAAGCACAGCGACAAGAUCACUGUCUCCAUCAGCCCCUCUGCUUACAUCAUGACCUUCAUCAACAGCGAACCCUUCGGCACUGGUGGCGUUCAGUACUUUGUGCAGCCAGACGCCGUACGCGCGGGCCUGAGUGAGGCUGUACCGAAGCCGACUGAAGAGUACAAGAAGCUCAACGAUGAACGCAGGGAGAGGGUCCAGGAGAUUCUUGUCAGGAAUAACAGCUGGAUGAAGGAUCUAAGCCGCGACGAUGUAGAUGCUAAGAAGGCCGCUUUCAAGAAGGACCUCGAGGAGCCUAGGAAGGUGGCUGAUAAUGAGGAUGUGGACAUGGAUGGCGCAGACGGUUUCGAUUAA